AUGCCACAGCAACCACCGCCCCAGAUCUCCCUGCGACCUCAGGCCCCCAAGAAAGAGACUGACAAAGUCAUUUCGGGACAAGAGAGGAAGGAGUUGGCAUCUGAUAAAGCGGCACAAAAGGCGUUGGAGUUCAAGACCCAGUCAAAGCCGCCCUCCGAGGAGGCGUUGGAGAAGGACGAUCCUGUCGAGAAAGAUGGAGCUGUGAGUCCCAUGAGUCAGGGAAGCCAAUCUUCCAAAACGUCAGGCCGCAAAGUGAAGGUUGCACUUCCACUAGUCUCAUCAGCCGGGCUUGCCCGGCCCAUAUAUUCCCAAAGUGAGAAGCAGAAAGGAGACGCAGACCAGUCACGAGUGAGUCAAGGGGCUCCUCUGAAUGUGAAGAACACCGGAGGGAAUGUCAUUACACAGUCUCAGCCUUCUCAUGCUCGCCAUUCUCCCGAGGGGGUAUCAAGUGAAGCGUCUUUUGCGGUUGCAACAAGACCCAAAACUCUAGCCGCUAAUGCAGCCGCAGUGACUGGCACAGGUUCUCCGCCACUCGGUGAACUCACGAAAGAAGAAGUAGAGGGGAGAAGAAGAGAUUUGCAGAGGACUGCAAGGCCCCGGCAUCGACGAAAGGCUAAGAGAGCGGUAUCCGCGGAGAGCGGUCCAGGCAAGGCUGCCAGGGACAAGGCAGCACGUUCUGAGACUCCUCCUUCCGAUACCAGCUACCACGUACCCAUGCCAGCCGAGAACACAUCUGACACUGAAGCCCUGAGCGUCAAAUCUGCGGAAUCCAAAACUUUGUCGUCUUGUAGCUCACUGAGAAACAGUCCGCCAUCCGCCAGCCCCAACAAGACGCCGCCCAAUAGAAACACCUCCGGAUCGCACUCUAGGCAUCACAGCGAGGUCUCCGGGAUGCUUGGAAGUCCAGUCAAGAAGAGUGGAGGAGCAAACAACAAGCCGAGACCGGUUUCUCAGGCAGAGAAUGCAGUUGGAAGAGAGAUUCGUAUCCCAAUUAAUGCAGACCAGGACUCGUUCAAAUUUACUGGCGAUGGGCGAGGAACCGUACGAGGCAAAAAAGCUUGGAAGAGACAAGUGGUGGGUGCUGAAGGGUCCGCCCAGGGGAGAGACACGGCCUUGAUGGGGAGCGGUCUGAACAAUCGACCGGCAGCGCGAAGCAUUGAUUCCAGUGAUGAUCGGGGCAAAACGCCAAAUGCAUGUGUCUCGAGAACAGAUGCUGCCUCCAAGACUGCAAUGACCCCUGCCAACGAUGAUAAUGGGAAGUUGGAGGUAGCAGAGCCGAAAGCUGGUGAUGCCUCCUCCGGAUAUCCACCCAAGGGGAAACAAGACAAGACUCCUUCCCCUGUCCGAAAGUGUGAUUGA